AUGGAUGACGACGACUUUGGCGCGGAUGCCGACUUCCUUGCAGCCCUGGCGGCCACGGAUGUCGGCAACAACAGCAGCAGCAACAAGGCGCCUGCGCAGCAACAAGCACGAACACAACCACCAGCGCAACAACGGCCACCGCCGACAGCGCCGCGGAUACAGCAGCCCACGCCACAGAGAAUCCAGAAGCCUGGCGCAGCACCGAGGGGCCAGCCGACACCGCGCAUUGUGCAGCCGACACCCCAGGCGCUGGGAGGGCCGGGCGUCGCAGGUGCGUCGGCCAGCGGCUCGUCGUCGACGCCGCAUCUGACGCGCGGAGGACCGGCGUCCGGCUCGACCAUUCUCGUGUCGCCGCGCCAAAAGGGCAACCCCAUUCUGGCCCAGCUGCGGUCGGUGCCCUGGGAGUACAGCGACAUUACCGCCGACUACGGUCUGGGGCCGUCGACCGUGGCCCUGUUUCUGAGUCUGAAAUACCAUCGGCUGCACCCCGAGUACGUCUUUGCGCGCUUUCGCGGUCUGACCGCCGGUGGCGCGCCGCGCCACCGGCUGCGCAUCCUGCUAGCGCUCGUCGACAUUGAGAACCACGAAGAGACGCUGCGCGAGCUCGCCAAGACGUCGCUCGUCAACCAGGUGACGCUGAUUCUGUGCUGGUCGGCGGCCGAGGCCGCGCGCUACCUGGAGCUGUACAAGACCUUUGAGCACGCCUCCAACUUCUCGGCCAUCCGCGGGCAGCAGGCCGCCGGCUACGCGGAGCGGCUGGUGCAGUUUGCAACGGUGCCGCGGGCGGUGAACAAGUCCGACGCGGUGGCGCUGGUGGGGUCCUUUGGCAGCCUGCGGCGGGCGGUGCAGGCGGAGCCGGAGCAGCUGGGACUCGUGGCCGGCUGGGGCGAGAAGAAAGUGCAGGCGUGGCGGCGGGCGGUGGAGGCGCCGUUCCGGGUGCAAAAGGGGCGGAAGAAGGGCGCCAAAGCGGCGGCGGGGACAGGGGCGGGGACUUUUGGCAACACGACUGCCGAGGCAGAGGCAGAGGCAGAAGCAGAAGCAGGGGAGAUCGGCACCGACUUUGACUCGGUUUUCAACAAUCGUUUGCAUCAAGCGCAGACGGCGGAUGGGGUGACAGCAGCAGCAGCAGCAGCAGUAGCAGCUCCUCCUCCUCUUCCUCCUCCACAAUCGCCCAAGAAGCGCGGUACGUCGGCAGCCAGCACGUUUAGUCCGCCACGACCGCAGCGGCCGCCGGAGGAACUCAGCGACGGCAUUGCAGCCGCCCUGGCCAAGCUGCGGGACAAGUGA